AUGUCCUCAUCAAUAAACGAGUCAAAGGCUCUGUGUGACUACCUCGGGAUAGAGGAGGAGGUGGACUAUGGUAGCGAUACCAGUGUCCGCGGUGAUACAGGGACAAUUUCCGGCUCACUGAUGCCUGAGGCACAAUUUUCGAACACCCCAAAUCCGUUCGCUGAACGUGGAGGUGCGAGCGCCACCAGCGCAGCGUGCAGCAUCUGGGUCUGA